GGCGGCGCCCACAGGUCACACUCCCCCGUAUUGUAAAGUGGUAGUUCCGUAAUUCAAACGCAAAGUGUCAAAACUCAAACCUCAUAAGCGCUGGCCGUUUGCCCUCCGCCGCUCCCCUUCCUCUGAGGGAGGGCGAGAGAGAGCUUGCUCCCAUGGCGUCGAGGGCCGCGAUCUACCAAGGGAUGAUGUGGAGGGGCCGCUCGUGGGCGGUUGGAGCUCGAUCGAUGUCGUCGUGGUGGAGCAACGUAGAACCGGCGCCCAAGGACCCGAUCCUCGGAGUCACGGAAGCCUACCUCGCCGAUCCCAGCCCCGAUAAAGUAAAUGUCGGCGUUGGAGCUUAUCGUGAUGACAAUGGGAAGCCUGUCGUCCUCGAAUGCGUUAGAGAGGCUGAAAGGACGAUUGCCGGGAAUCUGAACAU